AUGACGUUGUUAUUUGAAUUUCUUCCUAAUUUUACGCAACAUUUUUCUCAAUUGCUUGAAGAUGCAGACAAUUAUGAUAUCAUUAUCAAAGUUGGAGAAAGUGCAGUUAAAGAAUUUCAUGCACACUCAACUAUCUUGAGAGCUCGAUCACUUUAUUUUAAUCGCGCUCUCUCAAAGAACUGGGUUACGAAGAAAGAUAAUAUGAUUUACCUUAAUAUACCGAAUACUACUCCUACCAUUUUUGAUAUGAUUAUCAGAUAUAUUUAUACUGGAACUCUUGAUUUAAAUGGUAAAACUGGCACUGAUAUUCUUGAUCUUCUUGUAAUAUCUGAUGAAUUACUCCUUGAAGAAUUAACUUCUUUUACACAAAAGUAUUUGAUUAAAAACCAAACUGAAUGGUUACAACAACAAAACUUUAUUAACGUUAUCAACACAGCAUUUCAAUUGGAAACUUGCAAGCAACUCCAAGAUUACUGUUUAAAGCUUAUCCGUAAAGAUCCCGAACCUUUUUUGCGUUCAAAUUAUUCAUCACUGAACGGGAGUGUUAUAUUUGGAUUACUUAAAAGUGAGGAUUUACUUAUUGAGGAAAUUGAAUUGUGGAAUUACCUUAUAAGAUGGGGAAUUAUUCAAACGGAAUUGAGAGAAAAGGACAUGGUUGAUUUAAGCGAUUGGAAUGAAAAGGAUUUCAUCGUUUUGGAAAAUACUUUGAAUCAAUUCAUUGUGCAUAUUCGAUUCUUCGAAAUCUCUUCAAAAGAUUUUAAUGAUAAGGUUCGGCCCUUUAAGAAAGUGAUACCUGAAGAACUAUUUGAAGAUAUUUUGUCAUUUCAUUUGGCAAAUGCUAAACCUAGACAAAUGAUUCUAGCUCCUCGUGGUGGAAAAGUUGAAAUUGAAUCAUCCAUCAUUAAUCCGAAUCAUGCAGCCAUUCUUGCCAGCUGGAUCCAUAGGAUAAAAGCCAAUGCAAGAAUUCUAAAGGAUAAUAAGUAUUCUUUUGAUCUUAUCUAUCGUGAAAGCAAAGGCCAAGAUAUCAAUACUAUUCGUAAUAAAUGUAAUAAUAAGGGAGCAUGUAUUCUGAUCAUUAAAAUUAAAGAAAAAGAUACCAUAAUUGGUGGAUAUAAUCCAGUUGGUUGGAAUUGUUAUUCACCAAGUCCUCGUAAAGCCACAUUAAUAAGUCGGCAAGAAAAUUGGGUUAAUACUAGUGAAAGUUUUAUUUUUUCUUCAUGUGAUAGAAAUGGAAAGGAUUUUAAAAAUUUCACGAUUAGCCGAGUCGUAAAUAACAAUAAAGCGAUAUGUUUGACCAAUGCAUUGAAUUUUGGUAAUAGCGAUUUGGUUAUUUAUAAUAAUAUGCAAGGCACAUGCGUUAGAAAAUAUUAUGAAAAUAGCAUUUUAGAUAUUGAUAGAUUUACUAUCACAGAAAUGGAAAUUUUCAACGUUUUAUGCGAUAAUGAAUUUGCGCAGGGAAGUUCGAAUAGCGAUAGAGCUAAGUGGGAUGACAAGUGUUACGAAGCGUUGAAAAUGACCUUAGAACAAUUUAUUCCUCUUAUUCGAUUUUCAGAUAUUGGUUCUGCGGAUUUUUUCGAUAAAGUUCGUCCUUAUAGAUCUGUUAUUCCUCAACAAAUUUACGAAGAAAUAAUAGAAUUUCACAUGAAGCAAACUUUACCAAAAACGAAUGUCUUACCAAAACGUUUUCGCAAUGUAAUUAGAUCAAAUCUUAUCAAACAAAAUAGUCGAGAUGGACUCAAUGAUCAGUCAUUUCAAAAAAUGUUCAAUGAUCAAGAUCCAUUUAUAGUUUUAGUCAAACAAAAGUCUUCAGCAAAAAUUUAUGGAGGAUAUAAUCCACUUGGUGGAAGAGAAUGUUUUGCAAGUGAAAGUUUUAUAUUUUCUUUUGAAAUUGGCAAAGAUAUUACAAACAUGAACGUAAGUCGUUUUAAAACCCCUAAAAAAAUUUACCGAAAUAACACGUACAACGAUAAAUCGGAGAAAGAAUGUUAUAAUAGAUUUAAUUUUGGUGAUACGUUAUAUAUCGAUAUGAAUAGUCAAUAUGUUAAAUUUGUAAAAAAUACAGGUUAUUAUGAUGAGAAUUGUAUACAUUCAACGAGUAUUAAAUUUAUCCCGGAGGAAAUUGAAGUUUUUAAAGUAAAAAAAAAGGAUUUAUAUAUCUUAGGAAAGCACGUGAGGAAAAAUUUAAAUACUUCUGAAAGUUAUUAA